AUGGCCGGUGCAAAGGGGAAGAAAAAGCAAUCGCGUCUUGCUUUUGCCCCGAUUCAAGACUCACCAUCGCCCCGUCCAACCGGCGCGUCUCAGUCAGCGUUUACACCCUCUAGGCUGCGAUAUGCGAAUCCGUUUACUGGGAAGGUUACUGUGAGGGGACAACUACAGUUGGAGGACUAUACGAGGCCCUGGGGCAAUUCAGCGGCAGGUGAUAUUAAAGAGGAACUGAGCGAAGCCGGGCAACCUUCAUCUGAAGUUGAGGUGAAGCGGAAUUUGAUAGACAACCGUUCAAACCAGACUUCAUCUCGUUCAAUAUCUCUCCCUCGCGAAGACUCAUCUGACGAUGAAGUGAUUCGACCCUCGAAACGUCGACGGAUAACGAGAGACGUGAAUGAUACUGAACCUGACCAAGAUUCUCAAUACUCACUUUCACCAAGUGGAACCAACAACUUACAUAACCACGACAUCACAGACGACGACUCAGACAUGGGACGCCGUGCGACCAAGCAUACCCCGCGUAGACGGAGUCCACGACUCCUCGCCAGCUCACCGACUGAGACGAAGGCACGCAGAAACUCUUUGAAAAUGGAUCUCUCUAACAUUGGGGAACCUGAAGAAAGUGAUGCAAAUGAGCUAGCAUCACCUGGCACUCAUCGCAAGCGCAGAGGUCCGAAGCUGAAGCAGAAAAGUCCAUCCGUCGUCGUGCUUGAUGAUUCAGAUGCUGAUUCAGACGUGGUUAUUACCAGCCACAUACGAAAGAAGCGCAAGCACAAUGAUCAACCCAGUCUUGAACAGGGAGCCGAUGGUGAUGAUUCAGAUGACGUUAUCAUCGCUCCUACUCCAUCGCGACGUGGCUUGAGAAAGUCACUACAGAAGUCUGUUGCUACUAGCAAUGAAGAGGCUCCAAAGACGCCAAAGAAGUAUUCUCAGCAGGAUGAGCUCGACCUUGAAGAGGACCUCGAGGAUCUGAGAGACACAGUCGUCCGAGAAAAACGUACGCGCGGCUCAGCCAUCAAUUCCGCCAGGAGCAACCGUCAGAAACAUCUUGAGAUGCUUCGACGUCGCCGCGCAGGCGAAAAGGAAAUUGCCGAGGAUGAGGACGAGGACGAGGAAGAAGAAGAUGAUGAACCCCCGCGUUAUGCAAGCACCGCUGGUAUAAACUGGGACGACUACUCAAAAAGACGAGACGCUUCAGAUAGCGACGCCCCAUCGAUCAUCGAAGCAAACGAGGAUUUGGAUGCAGAUGACUCCUCAUUCGUCGAGGAUGACGGCGAGUUGGGUGUUCCUGGCGACGUCACUGUCAGCGUCCCCUUUGAAUUUAGUCGUCACCGCACAAAGACUACUCGAGACUGUUUCCGCGAUGUUGUUGAAUGGAUGGUCCACACCAAACUCAAUCCAGGGUUCAACCGCAACGACGAUCUCUACCAAUUCGCAUUUGUCAAGGUGAAGGACGAAGUCGUKGGASGAGCCGCAUCGCAAUUGAUAUCUACAGUAUGGAAUGCAGAUUUUGUCAAUACGCUACGUGCUCGACCCCAUCUUGAGGUUACGGCUCAUCCGCUUGAUGAUGAUCAUAAGUGUGACGCGUGCAAUCGGUCAAAGCAUCCGGCUUCAUCGGACCUGAAGUUUACCGGAAAGCCAUAUUCUGAAGAAACCUUUGAACCACUUUACGAAAGCGAUAGCGAAGGUGAUAGUGAUAGCAGUGACACCUGUGACGAGGAUGAGAACGGGCCUGACAGAGAUCGCGAAGGUCACAUCCUACCUUCAGAGGACAAGCAUUACUACCUCGGCCGAACCUGUAAAUCCAACGCCGUCCUCACCCACACCUUGAUCCACUGGCGCUUCCACCUCUACGAAUGGGUCGUCGACUACCUUAACCACGAAGAAGAAUUAUUAUCAAACCCACAGAAAUCGCUCGACCGCGAGAAAAUGUCUGCCAAGAAGCGCACCAAAUACGCCAACAAUGUGGUUGAUCGCAUGGAUGAGGAGGGGGAGGUGCAGCGUCUGUGGAUGGAUUUCCAUCAGAAUCUCAGGACUGUGAGGGAGAUGAAGGAUGUCCGUCAGUUCUGA